AUGCAAACGAGACGCAUGGAAAGAAUUAACUCGAUGAAAGGGAGAGGAAAACGAAGCUUGGAAGGUAAUGGUGGUGAUGAGGAGCCUGAACCAGAGAGAAAAAGACCUGCUUUAGCUAGCGUUAUUAUAGAAGCUCUGAAGGUGGAUAGUCUCCAGAAGCUUUGCUCAUCAUUAGAACCAAUUCUUCGGAGAGUGGUUAGUGAAGAAGUUGAACGAGCUUUGUCUAAGCUGGGGCCUGCUAGGCUGAAUGAAAGGUCAUCUCCCAAUCGCAUAGAAGGACCUAACGCUCGAAACCUGCAGCUCCACUUCAGGUCCCGCCUCUCUCUCCCGCUUUUCACUGGCGGCAAAAUCGAGGGUGAGCAAGGUGCUGCCAUCCACGUUGUGCUCGUUGAUUCCGGCACGGGCCAUGUUGUGACAUUUGGGCCCGAAUCCUGUGCCAAGCUGGACGUUGUUGUGCUGGAAGGCGAUUUCAGCAAUGAGGAUGGUGAAGCGUGGGCUCAGGAAGUGUUUGAGAGCCACGUCGUGAAAGAACGCGAGGGGAAAAGGCCUCUGUUGACUGGUGAUUUGCAGGUCAACCUGAAGGAAGGUGUUGGGACACUUGGCGAUCUCACGUUCACGGAUAACUCAAGUUGGAUAAGGAGCCGUAAGUUCAGGCUUGGCUUGAAGGUUGCUUCCGGGUAUUGCGAGGGCUUACGUGUUCGGGAGGCAAAGACUGAAGCUUUUCCAGUCAAGGAUCAUCGAGGGGAAUUAUAUAAAAAACAUUAUCCACCCGCCUUGAAUGAUGACGUUUGGAGAUUGGAGAAAAUCGGCAAGGAUGGGUCAUUCCACAGGAGGCUUAACAAUGCAGGAAUAUUUACUGUCGAGGAUUUCCUUCGGCUAGUGGUGAUGGACUCUCAGAAGUUGAGGAAUAUACUCGGGAGUGGUAUGUCUAACAAGAUGUGGGAUGCCCUGAUUGAACACGCCAAAACGUGUGUUUUGAGUGGGAAGCUUUAUAUAUACUACACUGAUGACUCUAGAAGCGCUGGUGUCGUUUUUAACAAUAUAUACGAGCUGAGUGGCCUCAUAGCAAAUGAGCAAUAUUAUCCCGACAACUCGCUUUCUGACAGCCAAAAGGUAUAUGUGGAUACACUGGUGAAAAAAGCAUACGACAAUUGGAAUCAAGUCGUUGAGUACGAUGGCCAAUCUCUGUUGAAUUUCAAGCAAAAUAGGAAGUCGAGCACUUCGCGAGAUGAUCCUCUUGUGAGCUCCUCCGUUACGAACACCUUCGAUAACCAGCUUCUACCCGAGAGAUUGCCGGUUCCAAUGCCCUCUGACUCGUCUUUGGAUCAUAGUGUGCCGACAGGAGGAUAUAACGACUACAUGGCCACGAGAUAUUUUGAGCCCUCACCAUUCACCCAAGCCGACCAAUUCCAGCUCGAGCCGUACGACAGUCGGGUGGGCCUCGCCCUCGGGCCCCCUCAAUCGUCUCCCUCUUUUCAAGAGGGAACCUCCUCCUCUCUCGGGCUGGCCCACAACAGUCUCAACCCUUACGGGCCUUGGCCCGUUAGUGGCCCGGGACCCGAAUUCAUGUCCGAGGAGGAAAUCCGCAUGAGGAGCCACGAGAUGCUGGAGAACGAGGACAUGCAGCACCUGCUCCGCCUCUUCAGCAUGGGGGGUGGAGGCCCGUCCGAGGACGGGUUCGGGUUCUCCUCGUCUUACGCAGCGUCCCCCUUGCCUGGGUUUGGGCUCGGGAACCGGGCCCGCCCGGGAAGGGCGGUUGCCGGGUGGCUGAAGAUCAAGGCAGCCAUGAGGUGGGGAAUAUUUAUCAGGAAAAAGGCAGCCGAGAGGCGGGCCCAGAUCGUGGAGUUGGACGACGAGUGA